UUAAGUUGUUGGGUCCAGGACUCAAACUGCUACCAACUACGUGAGAGUCCAGAGACAUGACUAUUAUACCAUCUGUGGGCCCUGCUUUUUUGAAUCUUCUAAUAAGGGCUGUGAAAGAUACCAGUUUUUAAAAAUUGUUUUUAUUUUUAUUUUUAUUAUUAUUUUUUUUAUCCUGAGUGAUUUUCCUCCAAAUGGAUUUUUUUCUGUUCAUGUAUAUUCAUAUAUAUUCAUGUUUAGGCAUGAAUAUUUGCUAUGUAAAUAACCCUUGAAAAUCAUCAGUCAUUUUCUGGGACUAAUCCUUUUUUUAAUUAAUUAUGUAUUUAAUUCCAUUUGUUACUAUUAUUUUUUAAUUUGAUCAGAGAGACAGAGAGGGAGAGAGAGAGAAAGGGAAAAGGAGAAAGCAAGCCACCAGGUCUGGGACUCAAACCUUGGUCAGCCACGUGGGAAUCUAGUGACUUUAAACCACCAUGCCGCCUGUUGGCUCCAGGACUAAUUCUUGACUCUUGUUUAUUUUGUUUUCUUUCUGUCUAAAGGGAUGAUUCAGACAAACACAGCUUCCAAGACUCAGAAGGAUGUUAUCAGAAGACCACGGUUUGUGUCCCCACAGGAUGUGGCGCGGAUGAAGGGAGGGCCAGACCAGCAGCCAGCCCAGACCCAGUCAGACUCUUUGAUCCCAAAACUUCUUUCCCAGUGGGCCCUUUCGAGUGGAUAUAAGUUAUUAGAGCUCAAUAACCAGCAUCCGGAAUAUUUAAAAAUAAGUGAGCAUUUUAAAGCUUCCAUGAAAAAUCUCAAGAUUGAAAAGAUAAAGAUGAUCCUGAACCCAGAGCUCUGGAAUACUUUUGAAAGGAGGAAAUCGAAAAUGAAGAAGAAAGAUGAAAAACUUCUGUUUCAUGCAGCGGGCCGCCGCCAGGUGGAGUCUAUCUGUGUGAAUAAUUUCGACUGGGUCUUACAUGAAUGUCACGAAACCAAAUAUGGAAAAGGAAACUACUUUGCAAAGGAUGCCAUCUACUCGCACAAAACCUGUCCGUACGAUAUCAAAAAUACCGUUAUGCUUGUAGCGCGAGUCCUGGUUGGAGAGUGUAUUGAAGGAAAUAUGAUGUUCCUGAGACCGCCUCCGCCCUAUGACAGCUGCGUGGAUACAAGAUUGAACCCCUCCGUUUUUGUCAUCUUUCAGAAAGAUCAGAUCUACCCAGAAUAUGUGAUUGAAUACACGGAGGUAGACAAAGACAAAACCUGUGUGAUUAGUUAGAGCUGACAGACACAGCUUCAUGAAGGGCGCCCUGACUAUUCUGUGUACUUAUAGAACCAAACUAUCUGAGACUACAGCUAAAUGUUUAUACUUCAUCUCAUCCUCGAACGCCUUAGAUCAGUAGUUCCAAACUUUGCUGCACAUUGGAAUCAUCUGGGGAGGUUUAAGAAAGUUGUGCCCCAUCCAGUGAAAUCACUGUUUCUGGGGGUGAGUGCCAGGCAGUGGGAUUUUUUUUUUUUUAAGCGCCUCAAUGAUUCCAAUAUGUUGGCACUUAGAGGUAACUGGUAAACACUGAUUUCUAAAUUUUCUGUUCUUGCAGCAAACUUUUGCCCCCAUCUACUCUUUUAGUUUACUAAAUGGGUAUAUAAAUGGGGUUUUUUGUUUUGAUUAAAUUUAAAAAAAUUAAUUUGGGAAAUUUGAGAGGAAUCGACUAUUAGCCUGUUGGCAUAAGAAUAUAAGACCGUGUAGACUGGGAUAAAAGAUUAUAAAAGCGAGGCGGAAAAAAUGCUUGGGAACAUGCUGGGGAUAAGAAGUAAAAAGUAAUGCUACGCAGGGUCUUCAAAAAGUUCAUGGAAAAUGCAUAUUCUGAAAAAACUGCACAGAUUUCAAAAAUAGCACCGAAAUGCAUUUGUACUUUAAUUCCACGUUUCCACGAACCUUUGAAGUCGAUUCCAUAUUUCCGUGAACUUUUGAAGUCUCCCUAUAUGACAGACAUAACCGCCGUAUUGUACUUUAUCUUCGUGAUGAACGAAAUUAGAGAAUGCAUUUCUUUAUCUCUUCAUUUGCUUAGGGGACAGACUCCAUCCGGGUUGGCUCUUCCUGGAAUGCAAUUACAAGAGCCACCAGCUGUGGCUUUAGACAGACACAACCAACCAGAGUAAAUUGCCCAUUUGGGCUCUUUAUGUCAUUAUGGCAGACUUUCGGCUUCUAAUUAAUGUGACUACAGAGGAGGCUCCUUUCAGGUCAGGCUUUCGUGAACUGCUUGUGUUUUGGGAAGGACCGAGUUGCAGUAACCAGAUUUACAUAAGCAUGACUGACACACCCAAGUGCGUUAGUUGUCAUUCACUCCAGCAAAUAAGGCUCACCCAGAAACGAGGAGCUGGGCAAGAGCAGGCCCCCUAAGGAGAAGCGAUUUGUUUCUGGGUGAGCACAUAUCGGAACAGAAUAGGCCCGUAUCUAGGGGCUUCUUUUUCUAACUAUAACGAUGUGUGAAAUUGUGGUACAAUUUCUUGCCUUUUUAAAGAUAGGGUCUUCUGGCCCAGUCAUCGUGGUGGACAGUGCUAAGAUGCUGUGUUCUUCAGGCUGGGACCCCAUGGGGGACCUGAGUUCGAUUCCUGGUCCAUCCUAAAGAUCAGGCACAGUGGCAUGUACCUGUAAUCUCAACGACUGGGAGAGGCUGAUGUAGGAGCACCAUAUGCUCAAGGUUGUUGGCCUGGGCAACACAGUGAGACCCUGUCUAAAGACAAGCUGGGCGUGGUGCUGUGUACCUGUAGUCCUUAUAAUAAGCAAGACCUUAUUUAAAACCAAAAAAGGGUCUUUCUAUGUCACAGUCGUCCUGCUUCAACAUCCCUGAUGGGGUUACAGGUGCACGCCACCCCUCCCAGCUCUUUUGAAGACAGGGUCUCACUAUCUUGUCCAAGCCAGCAUUGAGCUUGCAGUCCUACAGUGAGUUUAUAGAACAGUUGAGGUAUCUGGACCAAAAUUUCCUUCCUUAUUAUGACUUA